UUUUUUUGUGCCUUCACCCACAAAAACUGCAUCUGCAUAAACUCAUCUUUAAGGAUUUUGAGGAUCAAGUCACUCAAUUUUAUUCCCACAGCAACGCUCAUCUCGACGAUAAAGAGCUUUCUUAUAUACCUCCCGGUCUUUUUAGCUGAGCUCAGCUAUUCGGCCUGAAUAUCAGAAGAGGUGUCCCUCGACCUCCCCACCGUCUACUUCAAAUAGGUCGGAACCAACAGAACAGUGUGCAUCUACUAGCAACAUGGGCAAUACCGUAUCAUCUGGGCCGACAUCCUCGUCUUCAACACGCCUUCCUUAUUCACAACCCAUCGCUAACGGUUCGUCUACCUUUCAUUCCCGAGACAAGGAUCGCGACUGGCGUUCACAGUACUCGGAUUCCCGACCUUCUAUAAGCAGUUUACAUCCCUCCGCAAUGGGUAGUCCAUCCAUCAGGAGCCUAAGGAAAAAAGGCUCAAACGAGACCCUGGGUAGUGGUCAUCGUGUUUAUCAUCACAGUAACGCCUCGAAUGUCAGUAUGGCUAGCAAAGCAUCAAAAGCAUCUAGUUGGAAGAAGAAAUAUGGUGAGCGCAUUCUCGACAUCGGCAAACCCACAGAAUUCGAACAUGGAAUUCAUGUCGAGUAUAAUAGGCAGAAUGGAAAGUUCAUGGGAUUGCCGGAUGUAUGGCAAGAAUCACUGCCUAGCGACGAUAUUCUAAAUACCACAUUUAUAAACCCACACCUUGUACCAUCACCCGCAUCCAAAGUAUCAACACCACCCCGAACAACUUCGAACCAAGCAGCUAAUCAGAUCGGCACUCCAUUUAAUGUCCAGCAUAAUGUACAUGUUCAAGUAGAUCAAAGUCGUGUCGGUUUCACGGGUCUACCACCUGGAUGGGCAGAUAUAUUGGAAGCAUCAGGGGUACCAAAAGAUGUUAUCAAUUCUCACCCGCAGACUGUAGCACAGAUUAUGCAGCUGCGCAUGCCAGGUUCCUUACAGCAACAACAGCAACCACAACGACCAAAACAACCGACGACAACAUCAGCGAAAGAAAAGGAAAAUGCUGCAGGUGAUAACCGUCCGAAAGACGUCCCAAAAGCAUCCGCAAAUGGUGUCGAAGAAAGUAAUAAGGAUGAAAAUCCGUCACAAAAAUCCAUCAGCAAAAUGAAGUCAAGAACGUCGAGUCUUCCCAUUGGGUUUGCACCACCUUCUCGAUCUCGUUCAUCUAGACUAUCAAAGAAGCAAUCGAUCAACGAUCUAAAGUCAACUGACGAUGUACAAGAAAUAGGAUAUAUGUCUGUUUCUCCAGACUCGCCGUUGGAAUCGCCUCGAGGAGCUGAUCAAGAUACCAAACCCACCCUCACAAUUGUGUCCACUGACAUUAACACAAACACUGCGAUUAAGGAAGACGAUGAGAAUCCGGAAAAUACUGAUACACAAGUCGACAACCCAUUGGAUGCUUUCAAACUAGCCGAUAUCGUUGAUUCCACCGACCCUCAUGGUAUAUAUACAAAUAUGACGCAUAUCGCGGAAGGUGAAUCGGGCAACAUGUAUGCAGCCAAGCAUUCUCUGACGAAUAGAACCGUUGCGGUUAAAAUUAUCCCUCGAACAGCUGAAGCGAAAAUGAGCAAGAUUCGAAACGAAUUAACGACUAUGAAAAUGAGCAGGCACCCUAACGUAGUAGAGUAUAUCACAAGUUACCUUACCGAGACUGAGUUAUGGGUCGUCAUGGAGUGUAUGGAUGUCUCUCUGGCGGAUAUAAUUUCCAUUAGUCCCGAUGAGGUUCCUCAUGUAUCUGAGGCACAGAUUGCUCGUAUUACAAGGGACAUUUUACGAGCACUUUGUCGUAUUCAUCGACUAAAUCGAAUUCAUCGAGACAUCCGCAGCGACAAUAUUUUGUUCAACACUAGAGGUGAAGUAAAGUUGGCCGAUUUUGGUCACUGCGCGCAACUAUCCGUACAACAGCCAAAACGAAACUCUGUUGUUGGAACGCCAUACUGGAUGGCCCCUGAAGUGAUAAAAGGACUGGAUUAUGACGCCAAGGCUGAUAUAUGGAGCUUGGGUGUGCUGUUGAUCGAAAUGAUGGAAGGCAACCCUCCAUAUGUUGAAUAUCCACCUUUGAGGGCUCUCUUUUUAAUCGCCUCCAAUGGACUGCCACCACUCAAGGAAGGUAGUAAAUGGUCCGAAAACUUCAUGGACUUUUAUAAGCAAUGUACCAAUCCUAAUCCAGCUGAACGACCGGAAGCCGAUGUAUUGUUAAAGCAUCCGUUCGUAACAACUGGCGUCGGCACUACUCAAGACAUUGUUGCCUUGAUUGACGAGACGCGACGUUUGGAGCUGCUUCAGCAGGAGGAAGAAGGUGAUGAUGAAGGAGAAGAAGGACAGACAGAUGAGGAGACUGAGGAAGAAGAAAACGAAACAAAUGAUCUCACGGUAACGUCAAAGGCUGGGGAAGAGACGACAGAUCGUCAGCAAAUGGACGCAGGAUCAGAAUUACAAUCCCGAAGCACAUUAGAGUCGACCACGUCAACGGCUAUCCCAACGAUUGCCAUAGGUAAUGAUGACUCAAGAAGUAAAGAGUCAGUCAUUCAAAAUGAGGAAGCUGCUAAAGGUGAUGAAAGUCAACCUGUUUCAUCAACCAUUCAAACGAUACCCGUGACGUCAGGCAAAGAUGACCUGCCAGUUGAUUCAACGUUUAUGACUGAAGUGUUGUCCAUGUUUGAUGGCAUAGUAUCUUCCACCACUCCAAAAUCUGACAGCGGACUAGGUGUAGACGAUGGUAAAAAGUCUUCAAACGGUACAGAAUACACGGAUUCUGAUAGCGAUAUUGAGGAAGGAGUCAUCAAACAAAUUCAACGAAGGACAAUUUUGACCAGUGACUUAACCAUUAGUCGUGUAUGAGCAGAUGAUAUGGCUUAAGUUGUUCCUACCGUUAAAAUCAUUCUAUAUGGAAGAUCCUCUUCUUUUCCAUUUUUUAAUUCUACGUAUACUAAACCUUUCAGGAAUUUUCCCCCAUUCGUUUACAUGUAAUAUCUAUUGCCUUAGGACCAAGGUGGCAUUCGAUCUAGCUUUCAGCGUAUUUAUUUCUACUUCCAUCUCUAUUGUAUGUUUUUUGGUUCAGCGAUUAUAUACUUUUUAUCUAUUCUUCAUCUCUUCAUUUUUACUACUGUCUGUAGAACUUCUCUUCACUUCUUUGUUGUAUUAUCAUUUUUUUCCGUCCACACAACAUAGCAACUUCUUGAAAGACCUUUCCU